UUCUACUUGAAAUUGAUGAUUCUAUUUUUCUUUUUUAGGCAAUUAAUUGCCGUAGUUGUUACUGCCAUAGUGGUGCUGAUUAGUGCCUCGUUUUUAUUUGCUUGUGCUGGGAAUGUAUUGCUUAAAAGGAAUCUUUCUUUAGCCUUUUCUUCUUAUGAAGAAGAAAAUUCUGUGAAAGUUUUGAAUCCGGGAAUAAGGCGUCUUUCCAACGUAUCAGUGACGAGCCUUCUUUUAGGGAUCAGCACUAUUCCCAGUGACAGUCAUACUUACCAAAGUGGGUAUCAAGUGUUGCGUCUUGCCACUGAAGCUUUUCCAGCUGCUCUGGCUGUCGAAGGUGUUCGCAGUAUUUCCUCCUUCUGGUCCAUAUGUUUUUACACGUCCAUGAUUCUGUUUGGAUUUGGGCAACAGGUGUGUAUUUCUUUUUUAUCUGUUUGUGUUUUAUAGCUUUUGUUAAUAUUUUUAUAUGGUCUUUACAAACUAUCUGUUCAUAUCAGGCGCAUGUACUGAAAAUAUGUGACACCUCAUUUUCAAAGUUGAUCUUAACCAGUUGACUUAAAAAAAAGAAAAGAAAAUACUGAAAUUCAAUUCUUUUGGUCAAUGUUUAUCUCUGAAGGAUAUUAUAACAGGGUUCCCACGGUAUUUGAAAAACCUUGAAAGUCCUUGAAUUUAGUUGAAAAAAAUCAGGGCCCUGGAAAAUCCUUGAAUUCUGCCAUAGGGUACUUGAAAAGUUCUUGAUUUUUUAAGAUUUAAAGUAAUUCUAAUCUUUUUUACAAAAAAAGCAGUAAGAAAAUAAUAAAUUCAAAGGAAGAUUAUAGAAAUUCUGAUAGAUGCAAUUUUUAAUGCAUGAAGUGAAAGGGGGUUGAAGAAGAUGCAAAACUUUUCUCUCCUAGAUUUCUCACACCAGAUUAUUGUUCAUCUGUCUGAUGUUUUAAAAGCUGAAAUUUCUAGCAAACUGUAGGUUUUGUAGUUAUAGUUUUCAAAUGAUAUGUAGUGCUUAAUCGAUUUAGAAAUAUGUUCAGUGUGUUAACUUCAUUAUUACUACAGGUUAAUAUUGUUAUUCUAUUUGUUCUUUUAAUUUAUGUUCAAAGGA